CUGGUCGAUCAAGGAAGAAAGAAGUUGGUGGGAAAGGAUUUAAAGCAAGCCCAAAGGUUUUGGAGGAGCUGGAAGAUCUUUCUUCGUCAAGCUCUGCCUUAAUAGGGUUGAGAUCUUUAUACUGUUGUAAUCUCUGAAAGGGCCAUGGACGUUGUGAAUCCGAUAUUGGGCAUUGUUCUCCCCUUAUUGGAUUGCGUUGUCAAACAUGCGCAAAAUAUGAAGGAUUUGAAAGCAAGUCGCAAGUCAUUGGAAAUUGCAAUGGGGAAACUAAAAGACAUUAGUGAAGAUGUAAAGAGACAGGUUGAACUUCUAGAGGAGCAGCAAAUGACACGGAGGAAGCAAGUGCAAAACUGGCUACGACAGGUUGAAGUUAUAGAAACGCAAGUGAAUGAAAUUCUGGAGAAAUGUGAUGAAGAUGUUCAGAAGAAAUGUCUUGGAGGUUGUUAUCCCAAGAAUUGUUGCUCAAGGUACAAGCUUGGAAAGAGAGUUCAAGAAAAGCUCAAGGUUGUGGAUCAACUGACGAAUGAAGGACAUUUUGAUGUUGUGGCCGAUAUGUUGCCUCGUGGACGGGGGGAUGAGAGGCCUAUGGAGGAGAUAGUGGGAUUGGGUUCGAUGUUCGAGAAGGUAUUGCGAUGGAUGAACGAUGAACAAGUGAAAAUAAUUGGAAUAUACGGAAUGGGAGGUGCUGGGAAGACUACCCUUUUGAAAAAAAUUAAUAACGAGUUCCUCAAAACUGGCCAUGGUGUUGAUCUGAUCAUUUGGGUUGUGGUGUCUAAGCAAUCAAAUGUGGAAAAAAUUCAAGAGGCCAUUUGUGAUCAACUAAAGCUUCCCCAUGAUGUAUGGAAAAAUAAAGGUGAGGAUGAAAAGGCCAUAGAAAUAUUCAGGAUCUUGAGAAACAAAAAGUUUGUACUAUUGUUAGAUGAUAUAUGGAUGCGAUUAGAUCUUUUGAAAGUGGGGGUUCCUCCUCCAGAUGUUCAAAAUACAUCCAAAAUAGUAUUCACUACUCGAUCAGAGGAUGUGUGUGGCCACAUGGAAGCUGACAAGAAGAUAAAAGUGGAAUGCUUGUCGAGGGAGGAAGCGUUGGCUCUGUUUCGAAAGAAGGCAGGUAACAGCACUCUAAAUUCUCAUCCAGAUAUAACAAAGCUUGCAGAAAUGGUUGCUAAAGAGUGCAGAGGUUUGCCACUUGCUCUCAUCACUGUUGGACGGGCCAUGGCUGGCAGAAAUGAUCCCCGUGACUGGGAAAGGGCGGUAUCAAAACUGAGAAAAGAUCCAUCAAAGUUUGUGGGCAUGGAUGAAGAUGUAUUUCAUGUCCUGAAGUUCAGUUAUGACAGAUUAGAUGAUGAUGUCAUUAAAUCUUGUUUCAUUUAUUGUUGUAUAUACCCAGAGGAUUAUGACAUUGCAAAUGAUGACCUCAUAAACCAUUGGAUUGGGGAGAGAAUUCUUGAUGAAUUUGACGAUAUAUAUGAGGCACGCAAUCAAGGACAUGAGAUUAUUGGAAGCCUAAAGCGUUUAUGUUUACUGGAGACUGGUAACUCUCAAGAGCAUGUCAAGAUGCAUGAUGUGAUCCGUGAUAUGGCUUUGUGGAUUGGUUGUGGGUCUAGUGGAAAGAAAGACAAGAUUUUGGUACUAGAACGUGCUGGAUUGAUUGAAGCACAAGGGGUUACUCCAUGGAAGGAGGCAGAAAGGAUAUCAAUGUGGGGAAGUAGUAUUGGAGAUUUAUUUGAGAAACCAUCUUGCCCCAAUCUUUUGACAUUCUUUGUGAGACAUACUACUCUAGGGAAAUUUCCAACUGGGUUCUUCCAAUUUAUGCCUGCCAUAAGGGUAUUGGACUUAUCAUCAAAUUUUCAAUUGAUCGAGUUACCUGUGGGAAUUGAUAAAUUGGUCAUGUUGCAGUAUCUUAAUUUAUCAAAUUCACGGAUCAGGGAGUUGCCUGUUGGGCUCAAGAAUCUUAAAAAAAUGAGAUAUUUGCUAAUGAAUGCUACAUAUAGGAUGGAGAUAAUUCCACGGCAGGUAAUUUCGAGUCUAUCAGAGUUGCGGGUGUUCAGUAUAUCUGGUCGUGACUCUUCAUCGGACAUUAUUCUGGAAAACAAUGUUUUAAGUGGUGGUAGAAAAGCCCUGUUUGAGGAACUGGAGUGCUUGGAACACCUGAAUGACAUAUCCAUCACCGUAUUUGAUAACCUCUCUCUCCAAAAAAUACAGAGCUCCCACAAGAUACAGAAGUGCAUAAGUUAUCUAUGCAUUGAGAGAUGUGAGGGUUUGACCUCACUCAGAUUGUUGUCUUCAUCUUUGCAAGGAAUGAAGCAUUUAGAGAGACUUGAUAUGAAUUACUGUGAGAUGGUAUCUCUGGAAAUUUAUACAGAGCUAGAGGGGACGCAGGGAUCUGUACUUGAUACUUUUCGUAUUUCGGAGUUUAUAAGAGGCGACUAUUUCCAUAAUCUUCGUGAUGUGUAUAUAGCCUAUUGUGAUAAUCUGUUGGACUUGACAUGGCUUAUUUAUGCUCCAACCCUUCAACUUCUCGAUGUAGCUCACUGUGAAGCAAUGGAAGAGAUUGUCCACCACCACCGUAGUAGAGAGGUUCCAGAGAUUGAAAACAGCUCGUGUAUAUUCUCAAGGCUCGCAAAAAUAAGUUUGAUUAAGCUUCCAAGGGUUAAGAGGAUCUAUCCGCGGGCCUUGCCCUUCCCUUCACUUAUGGAGGUCCGUGUAGGGUCAUGCGCAAGGCUAAGGGAGCUCCCAUUUGAUUCAAAUAGUGCAAAAAAUAGUCUAAAGGAAAUCAGAGGAGCAGCAUGGUGGUGGAAUAGUUUGCAGUGGGAGGACGAAACCAUUGAACCUAUAUUCCGUUCAUAUUUUGUAGAAGAAGGUUUUAUUUGGUAA